GUGUUUGCAAACCAACUCAAAUAGAUAGCACAGCCAGAGCUCCCUCCUCCGGUCCUCCCCAACCCAAAGUUCCCUUCCAACAAAGGUCAACCAGGCAGGCACUCUCGUGUGUGUCGUCUCAUGCCCAGGCCACGCUAAUCCACGCGAGCAGAGCAGGUGCGCUGCGCAGCACAUGGACACGUACAUGUCUCUCUCCCUGGAGCGCAGCAGCCGCGGCGUCGUCGCCACGCCCGGGCCUCCGGCCGCCGGCGGUUCCACUGCCGCGUACCCGCGCGUGGUCGCGGGCAUGGACACGUCCCUCUCCCUGGUGGCCGGCGCCGCGGCGUCGCACGCGCACGGCCAGUACCUCCCCCUCAACGAGAACGACUCCCUGGACAUGGUCCUCUUCGACGUGCUCCGCGAGGCGUCCGGCGGCGGGUCCGCUGCGCCCGCCACCUGCCCGCCGCUCCCGGCCUCGACGCCGCUGCGGCCUCCUCCUCCGCUGGUGGCGCUCGCUCCGGGCGCCGCGGGCAAGGUCGUCGGCGCCGGCGGUUGCAACGACAACGGCAGGGCCGCGCCCGCGCACGCACCGAAGGCGACGGGCGCGGGGCGGCACUACCGCGGGGUGAGGCGGCGGCCGUGGGGCAAGUACGCCGCGGAGAUCCGCGACCCGUCGCGGCACGGCGCGCGGCUCUGGCUCGGCACCUUCGGCACGGCCGAGGAGGCCGCCGCGGCGUACGACCGCGCGGCGUUCCGUAUGCGGGGAGCCAAGGCGCUGCUCAACUUCCCCCGCGCCGCCGCGGGCUGCGGGGCCACCGCCAUGGCGAAGCACGCUGCUGGAGUGACGGAGGCCAAGUGAACGGGGGCGAUGGUAAGAUUGCGAUCGGAAUGACUCGGGUCACACUGGAAGCUGCUCCCAUGAUUGUGAAUGUUUCUAAGCAUUAAUCUGUCCGUGGUAGGGGAUUAGGGUGGGUAUAUGGUAGUGAUCGCUCUUCUAGCUGUUUCGACAUACUCUUCUAGCUGUUUCGGCAUACUGUGAAGCAUGGUGGUUCAAUUUGAGCUUUUCUUUUACCCCAUACAGCUCCAAUGUUUUUUUGUGUUUUU